UUUAUAUAAAGUUAAACUUAACACAUUAGAUUUAAGAUUUAUCUUCAUUAGAACUGUACAAAGGACUUUUGUCUAUGUUGACAAAAAGGCUAAUGGUGUCUCACUUUGGUCUCCCUCUUGCUAGCAAUAAGAAGAUUAAACAACAUUACGAGCAUUAUCCUAAAGAAACUUGAGUUGACUAAAACUGAAAUAGUUUGAAUUCAAUGUUUCCAUUGUCUAAGUCCUAUUCUCUUCUGUCAUCUCUCUGUAGGUCCGACUGGGACUGAUGACUGUAGACUACCUAAGGGACAAUGUGCGGCUCAAUCAGUUGGUGCGGACCAGUUCUGACCGUCUGUCCAUGAUAAAGGGUGCCGUUAUAUUACCACAAAAUAUGACCAACAGACCCCAUGUGUUUCGCCUCUGUCCCCAUCUUGCUCGUCCCCGCCUGCCUCAUUCCGUCCUGCUGGCCAUUGGGGGAUGGAGUGACCGUGAUCCAACUAACGCCAUCGAGGCCUAUGAUUACCGGGCUGAAUGCUGGGUCAAUGUAACAAACAACCUGGAGAGUCCUCGUGCCUAUCAUGGAGCCGCCUUCCUCAACGGGUACGUCUACUCCAUUGGUGGCUUCGACAGGGUUGAGCACUGCAACAGUGUCCGUAGGUUUGACCUGACCACUCGCACCUGGAAUGAGGUGGCACCCAUGUACUGCCGCCGCUGCUAUGUGAGCGUGACUGUGUUGAACGGGUUCAUCUAUGCCAUGGGAGGCUACGAUGGGCAUGUACGACUCAGCAGUGCAGAGCGCUAUCAACCUGAAAUCAACCAGUGGAGUCUUAUUGCAUCCAUGCAUGAACAGAGGAGCGAUGCCAGCUGCACAACACUUCACAGCCGGAUUUACAUUUGUGGUGGAAUCAAUGGGAACGAGUGUCUGCAGACAGCUGAAUGUUACAACCCAGAGACCGACCAGUGGACGAUGAUCAGUCCCAUGAACAGCCGCC